CCGCCGUCCGGAGGCAGGAAGGGCUGGGCCGAGGCUGCGCUUCUAAGGAUGCGCCCUGGGCCCUGCCGGCGAGCCCCCAGAAGGGCAGCGGAAGAGGGUGGGGAACCAGAUCGCGAAGUGGAAGUGACCGCCAGUCCCCAGGGGCCUGUCAGGACCUCGGAUUGGGUCGUCUUGAACUGCUCCUUCAGCCGCCCUGACUUCCCGGCCUCUGUGCGGUGGUUCCGGGGCCCAGGCAGAGUCCCCGUUCAGAAGUCUCCCCAUCACCACUUAGAUGGGAGCUUCCUCUUCCUGCCCAAAGUCAGCCCCGUAGACUCUGGGCUCUGGGGCUGCAUCCUCACCUACAGAGAUGGCUUCAGUGUCUCCAGCACCUACAACCUCACUGUUCUGGAUCCGGAACCUCCAGUCCCUCUGACAGUGUACACAGGAGCAGGUUCCCGGGUGGAGCUGCCCUGCCCUCUGCCUCCUGGUGUAGGCACCGGGUCUUUUCUCACUGCCAAGUGGGCCCCUCCUGGGGGAGGCCCUGACCUGCUGGUGACUGGAGACAAUGGCCACUUGACCCUUCAACUGGAGGCUGUGAGCCAGGCCCAGGCUGGGACCUACACCUGCCGCGUCCAUCUGCAGGGGCAGCAGCUCAUUUCCACCGUCACUUUGGCAGUCAUCACAGUGACUCCCAAAUCCUCCGGGUUACCUGGCAACCUGAGACAACUUCUUUGUGAGGUGACUCCGGCAUCCGGACAGGAGCGCUUUGUGUGGCGCCCCCGGGACAAGUCUUCGAGGAGUUCCCCAGGACCCUUGCUGGAGGUGCAGGAGGCCAGCCUCCUCUCCCAGCCCUGGCAGUGCCAUUUGUACCGGGGGGAGAGGCUUCUGGGAACAGCGGUCUACUUCACGGAGCUGCCUGGCUCAGGUGCCCAGCGCUCCGAGAGAGCCCCAGGAGCCCUGAAGACAGGCCACCUCCCUCUCCUUAUCGCCCUCGGUGUCCUCCUCCUGCUCCUGUUGGCGGCUGGAGCCUUUGGCUUUCACCUUUGGAGAAGACCGUGGCGGCCAAGAAGAUUCUCUGCUUUAGAGCAUGGGAUUCACCCACCUCAGGCUCAGAGCAAGAUAGGGGAUCUGGAGCAAGAACCAGAGCCGGAGCCGGAGCUGGAGCCACAGCCACAGCCACAGCCACAGCCACAGCCACAGCCACAGCCACAGCCAUAGCAGCCCUGACCUGGAGCUGAGGCAGCCAGUGGAUCUUCAUAGCUCAGUACAAAUAAACUCCCAUCAGCAGCAA